AUGCCGAGUCAAGAAGGAAACACAAUGGCAAUUCAGGCUCUCCUUGAAGGAAAUGGGUACAUCAUGUCAAGAGACCAAACCUCAGAGACCUCGGUGUUUCUUGUCAAGUGGAUUGGCGGAACAACUGGUGAGACUAGUCAAGCCAAGGUCCCGGAAUGCGAGUUGAGGACAUCCUGUUCCGCACAAUUGGAUCAAUACCUGCUUAACGAAGGGAAGGUUUAG